UCCUGCCUCUGAGAUUAAGCUUCCCUUCUCCUCCUUGUUUCCCACCCCCUUUUUGUGCUACAGCAUGGAACGUCUUUUGUUUCAGUUAAAUUCAGACCUCUCGAUCUGUCACCUGACAGUCUUGUGGUUCUGGAUGAAUGUGGUUCAUUUCUAUUAUUAACCUGGGUUGGCAGCUGGUUUUCCUAACGGGAGUUUGUAGAGAUUCUGAAAAGUGGAGCUCGCUUAAGGGACAAAAAUGCUUCCCAGCUGGCCUUUGCCGGAGUUUGAUCCAAGUCAGAUCCGACUAAUUGUAUACCAGGACUGCGAAAGAAGAGGGCGAAAUGUUUUGUUUGACUCCAGCGCCAAGAGAAAAACUGAAGAGGCAUCAGUCUCGAAACUCUGCAGUGAGGUGCAGGUGAAAGUCUUUGGGAAAUGUUGCCAGCUCAAACCCGGAGGAGACAGUUCCUCCUCUUUGGACAGUUCAAUAAAUUCCUCCUCCUCUUCUUCUGAAACAAAAGAACAGUGUCCAAAAUUUCAGGGCUCCCGGUGUUCUUCAGAUGCCAAUAUGCUUGGAGAGAUGAUGUUUGGUUCUGUGGCCAUGAGCUACAAGGGCUCAACCUUAAAAAUCCAUCAAAUCCGCUCCCCUCCACAGCUUAUGCUAAGCAAAGUUUUUACAGCUCGAACUGGAAGCAGCAUCUAUGGAAGUUUAAACACGCUUCAAGACAGUCUUGAGUUCAUUAAUCAGGACAGCAAUACUCUAAAGCCAGAUCACAGUACAAUUAUGAAUGGACUGCUUGGGAACAUAGGUUUUUCACAGCUUUGCAGCCCUAGGCGGGCAUUCUCUGAACAAGGUCCGCUCCGCCUGAUCCGGAGCGCCUCUUUCUUUGCAGUUCACAGCAACCCUAUGGACAUGCCUGGGCGGGAGCUGAAUGAAGACAGAGACAGUGGAAUUGCAAGAUCUGCAUCCCUUAGCAGCCUGCUUAUCACUCCAUUUCCUUCUCCGGGCUCUUCACUAAACAGAAGCUGUGCUAGCAGUUACCAACGGCGCUGGCGUCGCAGUCAGACAACAAGCUUGGAGAAUGGGGUCUUCCCUAGGUGGUCGGUGGAAGAAAGCUUUAAUUUGUCAGAUGACAGCGCCAGCCCGAGCCCAGGAAUUGUCAGGAAAAAGAAGAUAGCGAUUGGGGUGAUAUUCUCACUUUCAAAGGAUGAAGAAGAAAAUAGCAAAUUUAAUGAGUUCUUUUUCUCACACUUCCCUCUAUUUGAGAGCCAUAUAAACAAACUGAAGAGUGCAAUAGAGCAGGCUAUGAAAAUGAGCCGUCGAUCAGCUGAUGCCAGCCAGCGGAGUUUGGCAUAUAACAGGAUUGUGGAUGCCUUAAAUGAAUUCAGAACAACAAUUUGUAAUCUCUACACCAUGCCACGAAUUGCAGAGCCUGUUUGGCUUACCAUGAUGUCAGGGAUGCCUGAGAAAAACCAGCUCUGCCAUCGCUUUAUGAAGGAAUUUACUUUCUUAAUGGAACAAGCCUCCAAGAACCAAUUUUUACCAGCUCUUCUGACUGCAAUUUUGACAAACCAUCUGGCCUGGGUCCCAACGGUCAUGCCAAAUGGACAGCCACCCAUCAGAAUCUUUCUUGAAAAGCAUUCCUCACAGAGUGUGGACAUGUUGGCCAAGUCUCAUCCAUACAAUCCAUUGUGGGCACAGUUAGGAGACCUGUAUGGAGCUAUUGGGUCACCUGUGAGACUAUCAAAAACAAUCGUGGUUGGCAAAAGGCAAGAUCUUGUGCAACGUUUGCUUUAUUUCCUCACUUACUUCAUACGAUGCUCUGAACUGCAAGAGACUCAUCUUCUGGAAAAUGGAGAGGAUGAAGCCAUAGUGAUGCCUGGCACAGUUAUCACCACCACACUAGAGAAAGGGGAAGUAGAAGAGUCUGAAUAUGUGCUGGUCACAAUGCACAAGAACCGAGUCAAUUUACCCCUUCAGGAGUCUGAAGAAGUCAGGCCUUCUAGUUGCAGCUGCAAAUAUUGCAAAUGCCCUCUUAACUCUAGUCAAAAUCCAGACAGUAUUUCAGGACAGGAGAGAGAAGAGUCACAGAAUGCUACAAAGGUGGAGAUAGAAGCGUCCUCAAGUGAAAGCAGAUCAGCAUCUACUGACUGCGAAGAAGGGCCUGAUGAUGUUAAGCAAUGCAAAGAGACGUUGACCUCUUGCCUAGAUGUAAAGUUGGAGAGAGUGGCUUUUACAGGAUCAGCCUCGGUGGAAACAUGCGUCUUGGCAGAGUCCAGGUUGGAACCAACAGGUGGAUCGUGGAAGAGUGCAGAAUCAUUGGAUUCUGACAAUCAGUCUGUUGAAGUCAUAAGAUCAACAAGUACAACAGUAGAGAAGAAGCCACCUGAUAAAAUCUCAUCUGAUGCAAUUCCUUGCAGCACGGCUGAGGCUCAAACAAAGGUGACUUUCCUCAUUGGCGAUUCCAUGUCACCUGAUUCAGAUAUUGAGGUUCGAAGUCAAUUGGCAGCAGAACAAAUGGCCAAAUGCACCAACGAAAUGAAGACUGAAGAAAGAGUAACUGCUGAUCAGAGCUGUGAAGCAAGACAACCCUUGGAGGACCAAAAAAGAGAACAGAAUAUGCCUGAAGAGUUCCCUCCCAUUGCCGUUGAGCUCCAGAAUUGGAAUCCUUACAGUGCAGAAAGUACCAGUCUGCUUGAUGAAUAUUUUACUGAAGAAGGUUCAAUUGAAACCAGGACUAUUGAUGAUAUUCCAGUGAAAGCAACAACAGACAUUGUAGAUCCUGGCAGUAGCUUAGAAUUUCCCUCCAAAAUGUGUACAAAGAACAACAAAUCCUCCAGUGAGUUUUGUAAGUUUAUGGAAUCUGUCCGUCAAGAGACUUGCAAAAAUUGUUUUGCAGAGCAGGACCAAAGAGACAAGGUCUCUAUGUUUAUCCCCCAUGGGGACAGAGAGAACUUAGAAAAAAAGGCUGACCCAGGUGUGGAUUGGGACAUUCCAAGAAAUGAGAGUUCUGAUAGUGCCCUUGGUGACAGUGAAAGUGAAGAUGCAGGUCAUGAUGUGGCCAGAACUAGCAGUAACUAUUAUGGGGCAGAGCAAGAAGAAUGGGCAGAAGAAGAGGACAUACCUUUUCCUGGGUCAAAAUUAAUUGAAGUGAACUCUGUCCAGCCCAGUAUUGCCAAUUUUGGAAGGUCCUUGCUAGGUGGCUACUGUUCAUCUUACGUACCAGACUUUGUUUUGCAAGGAGUAGGAAAUGAUGAGAAACUGAGGCACUGUUUGAUGUCAGAUUUGUCGCAUGCUGUGCAGCACCCUGUUCUUGAUGAACCAAUUGCAGAAGCCGUCUGCAUUAUCGCAGACACGGAUAAAUGGACAGUGCAAGUGGCCAGUAGUCAGAGGCGAAUCAUUGAUAAUAAACUUGGGAAAGAUGUGCUAGUCUCUAACCUUAUCUCCAACCUGCUUCAUUCCACUCUUCAGCUUUAUCGGCAUAAUUUAUCUCCCAAUUUUUGUGUGAUGCACCUGGAAGAUCGGUUGCAAGAGCUGUAUUUCAAGAGCAAAAUGUUGUCAGAAUAUCUCAAAGGACAGAUGCGAGUUCAUGUGAAGGAGCUGGGAGUGGUCCUAGGGAUUGAAUCGAGUGACCUCCCUUUGCUGGCAGCUGUAGCAAGCACCCACUCUCCGUAUGUUGCCCAGAUUCUACUCUAAAAUACCAAAGGGCAAAGACAAUAACUUUCUUUUUAUAAAGUACAAGGAAUCAGACAUGAACCACUCUUGUACGGGCUCUUCUUUGCCUGCAGGCAAAUGAACUGAACAGCUUGCUGACUAGACUGUGUGCCUCUGCAACUGAAUACAUAACGUGCAAACAAAUGGGGUUGUUUCCCCUUCUUUCCUUGCCCAUUCAUUAAAAA